GAAAUUGGAAACUUUUCCGCUGUCUUCUUUUUUUUCUAUUUGAAUCAAAUUCCAUCUUUUCCAGACUUAUUACUGCAAAUAAACUAUAAAUCUGACUGGUCAGGCUCCAGCCAAAUAAGCAGAGCAUUAACCACAGAGUUGUAGUCUUUGAGGUUUGGCAGCUUGAAAUUUUUGAAUGUGUCCCAUGUCCAGCACACCAUAAUCAAAUGACUGAAUGAUCUCCUCAUAUGCACAAGGUCUACAGACUCCCAUUAAUUACACAAUAUGUAAUUGAUGCAGAGGUGCAUCUAUUACAAGGCCCUUGUGUAUUUUGAAGGUGUCAUUACUAUCAUUGUUUUUGUUAAUGAAAACCAGGUAUAAUUUUUCUUCCACUUUGCAGAUUUUGUGUUGCUGCAUCAUGUUCAAUCCCAUUAAAGUACUUUGAGGUUGGAGGUGGUAACAUGACAAAAUGCUAAAAUACUUGAAGGGUUCGGGAUACUUUUGAAAACACAGCAAACCUGAUUCACAUGCGUGUAUGGUGUGUGUGUUUAUCAGUUAAGGUCAGUGCUUUGACUCUUCUUUUUUAAGAGAUGACCACUGUGACCUGGGUCGCACAAGAAGGUCACAUGACACUGAAUGAUCUUGAAAUUUCCUUGGUGAUAUUCCUCAGCCCAUCUGAUCAAAAAUGCACCAAGUAGGAAAUAAAUAGUUUCUACUGCAUCAGCGUGGCUGUCUCGACAAUUCCUAGCGGCAGGUAGAGGGCUGCAUCCUCUGGACGCAUAGAAACAGCGCAGCUGAAACUUUCUAGUAACUCGUGCUGCUCGGAGCACUUGGGGACAAGCUGUACCCAAUGAAUGAGCCACUCCUCUGACGAUGCUGCCGAGCGCUGCCCGGCUCGACACGCCCCCAGCAUGGAUACAGCGAGCUGGAGCAGGCGCUCGGGAGACGCGCUCACUGUGCUGGAGACAGUCUGAAGCCGCAAUGGGAGUUAACGCAUCCAAGUUUCAAGAGUUCCUGCUACCGGUGUCGCUGCACUAAACAAAGACUCCGGUUUCUGCUUUCUCCCUCCCUUUCUCUUUCUCUCUCUCUCUCCCCCUCUCUUUCUGUGUGAGAGAGAGAGAUCUUCUCUGCGUUUUUUUUUUUGUUUGGUGCGAGGCGUUUCUCGCACAGGAUGUUGAUGAUUUUGGAAAGCCGGGUAAGAUCAUAAAGUCAGUUCUCUCUGGUGAGAACGACCUCCACCUCACCGCCACUACACAAAGGGAAGCACGGCGCAAGUACUUUUUUUAAACAGCCUCCUACACGCGGAUUUAUUUCAUAAUUAUUUUUUUCCGAAUGUCAUUAAGAAGCAGAGGGGGCUGUUUCAAAGACAGAAUGGAUCACUUUGCAGCAGAGUGCCUUGUUUCAAUGUCCAGCCGUGCAGUUGUUCACCCCCCUAAGGGCAACAGGGAGAUUAAACCGGAGAUCCCAACCUCUUCCAGGACAGGAGAAGAAAUAAAGGAGCCCCUGGUGAAGGAGAACUCCUCGAUUUUCGUGGUGGCGAGGAUCCUGGCGGAUUUUAACCAGCAGACACCCAACGGCGUUGCCGAGCAGGCAAAGAUAAAGGAGGAGAGCACGCCGAACCUGAGAGAGGAUGGAAACUCUGCCACACCUACCGCCACCUCCGAUCCUGCGCUCAGACAAAGAGGCAAGAGAUCGAGAGGUCGGACAGAGCAAGAGCCACCUCAGAAAAAGCACAAAUGCAACUAUUCUGGCUGUGAAAAAGUUUAUGGCAAAUCCUCCCACCUCAAAGCUCACCUAAGGACACACACAGGUGAACGGCCCUUUCCAUGCACCUGGCCCGACUGCAGUAAGAAGUUUGCCCGUUCUGAUGAGCUGGCCCGCCACUACCGCACCCACACAGGAGAGAAGAAGUUUGGCUGUCCACUUUGCGACAAGCGCUUCAUGCGCAGCGACCACCUGAUGAAGCACGCCAGGCGCCACUCAGAUUUCCAGCCCGGCAUGUUGAAGAAGCCCCACAGUGGCAAUGCCAUGCGCCCCAGUUCUCUCAGCGACUACAGCCGCUCGGAUGCAUCCAGUCCCACCAUCAGCCCCACCCUCAGUCCAGCCAACUCGCCUUAAACUGAAACCUGGUCGCACUUUUCAGGCCCACAGACGUGAGACCUGCAAUUUCAUCAUAACACUUCUGUUGCACAGUUGUCAGCAACCCGCUACCCCCUUCCUUUGCUAUUCCUGUGCUUGCUGUGGUGUACCAUACUGUACAUAAGUGCUUAUUGUAGUGCAAUUACUUGUGUGAUCCUAAAAGAAGAUAAUGCCUUUCCCAGAUGGCGAUAUCUCCAUUCUGUACCACAUGUCUGUAUUUUUUAAGCUUCUGACUAUGGCUAGUUGUUUAUUGUAUAUUCACAGUUUAGAAGAAGGAAAACGAAACAGACACCAACAUAUGUCUUCUCAAAAUGUUUUGAUUUUAACAGAUUUUUUUAUUGAAUGGGUUAGGAGAAGGGGUUCACACACACACCUCAGGAUUGAAGACAGUUGCUUUUUCUGUAAUACCACAGUACUCAAGAGUACUCACAUUGACUGCACAAUAUACUCAUCACUUUAUUCGAAAAUUCAACGGGGAGUUGAAUUUUGCGCCCUGCUCAGGGAUGGCCUUGUUAGCUUGAAAGAAUGAACAUGGUGAAGAGAAACAUACAGUACAUACUAUACUUCAGCCUUACACUCAACACAAUUUGCACUCUAUGCUUUGUUUGUUGGCUUUCACAUUUGAAGAAACCAGACAUAAAGUCAUGCGGUCAUUUUGCUAAGCUACAGUUUGUGUUCUGUCCUACGUCUAAAGUGGAGGUCAAAUGUAACUCUUCUUUUCUGAGAAAACAAUCAUUGAACCUGCCGUGGAAAACAAAUACAUCAGUGCUAAUACUUUUUGACAUUACACUGGGUAUAAGAUGUGCACUGCAUUUAAAAGUUGCAGUGCAAAGUGUGUGAAUCUACAUUUUGAGGCGGAUUGGGAGUAUGCUAAGUUAAUUUAUUUUUUUUUUUUUACAAAUGUACACAGGUUUAAAAAAAUAAAUAAAUUGAACCUUUACCUGAGAAUGAAAUUUAAAAGCAGCUGUUGACGCCUAAAAGUAACAGGUUUCCUGCAAGUUUCAGUAAGUUCAGUGAAAUGCUUUUGAAGACUAUUUUGAUUUACAUUAAAGUCCUGCAUGAUUUAUGAGGAAUAACUUAAAAGCACAUUUACUUAAAAGCUUGUAAUUAGCUUAAUUAUUACCUUAAGCAACGUAAACACAGCAUUGUCAACUUUAAUAGGUGUUUCCCAGCUCUUGGAUGUCUGUUGAGUUCCUUUACAUUAAUGUUACUCAACCUUUCAAUGCAUUUUUGGAGUUAAUGAGGUACGUUAAACUCUUUUAAAGUCAACAAAUAAAUCAGUCUCAUGAUCUAUAGUGUAAUCUGUCAAAACAUCUACUUAAGGGAGAUUUUUUAACUUCUUAAUUGAAUAAAAAGUUCUUCUGUACAGAAAAUCAACAUAAUUAACACCCUACUUAACAGUUAGGGUCACUUUUGGAUGAGCAAAAUGUUACACAAGUUAGGAAAACAGUUUGAAGUUAAUAAAAACCAGCUAAUACUUUUGAAGAGAGAAAGAGGAGCUAAACUAGAGUUUAAUAUUGUCAAAACCAUAAAAUCUAGACAAGGGAGCAGGAGACCAAAUAGUCACUGGAGAUGAAAGUUCAACAUUUGGAGGUCUGUGGACUUUCCUGCAGUAUAUUGUAAGCUUCAGAGAAAUUACUGAUGACGGUUUUUAGCCAAACUAAAAUCCUUGUUUUCACACCAAACCUCUUUGAGUAAAUACUUUCCUAUGACGAAGGAGCUAGUUGUGGAUGACGACAAGAAUUCAUAGAUUUUGAUUAUCUAAAUAUUCAAUUUUAAGGCCAAAUAAUGCUUUAUGGGGUUUGUAGUUUUAUCACAGCAUGAAAACAAUAACAUUCCUAAGCCAUAGCUACAAAUCACCAACUAACUUAACAUUCCCAGUGCGUUUUUCUUU